AUGGCGACGAACGCACCUUCCAACAGUGGCGUAAAACAACUUCAAGAAACCGCUGAAACUCAUAUCCAUGACAUCACGAGCCAUGAUGCAUCCAAAGGUGCCAUAGUUCACUCGUUUGACCCGGAUACCACUCCACAACAGAAGGCAGCUGCUGCGGGGAGGCAGCGCGACCAACUGAAGAGUAUCGUUCCGCAGGAUGGAAGUGCGCAUGGCGGAAAAGGCGCGCUUCUAUCUCUGCUACGUCACCCAAACCUAACGUCUUCAUCAGAGCUAUCCAUUGUCGGAGCUCCCGUCCCUACUAUCACAGUUGAAGACAUGAGCGAAGCGACCAACGAAGAGCAGGAGAAAUCGGGCAGUGUAACUCCAUCUGCACCUAUAGUACCCGGAGAAUACCCCUCUGGUCCUGCUCCAGCGAUUCCGGAUUGGUACAAAGUCGGUUGGCGUGCUGUUGCAAACAUUGAUGCACCUCCGCCUGAAGAAGGCGAGGAGAAAGACAACCACAUACUCCAGCUUUUCUUGGCUGAGCAAUACUAUGGCCAGUGGUACCAUAAUGCUGCUCUUAUCUUCUUCGCUGUAUUUGCUUCUCAUUUCUUGACACGAUUCAACUUCGGUUGGGGGUGGCUGAUUCUUUUGCUAUCUAUUUGCAACACCUAUUAUGUGACUUCCAUGACUCGUGUCCGCCGUUGUGCUCGUGAUGACAUUCAGCGAGAACUAAUCAAGACACGCCUUGCGUCCGAGCACGAAUCUGCUGAUUGGAUGAACAACUUUUUGGACCGUUUCUGGCUCAUUUACGAGCCUGUUCUUUCUGCUACUGUCGUCGCCUCUGUUGAUCAGGUCCUGAGCACCUCUACUCCUGCCUUCCUGGACUCCUUGCGCCUUACGACCUUCACCCUUGGGACGAAGGCUCCCCACAUAGACAAAGUUAGGACAUUUCCAAGGACUGCUGACGAUGUCGUCAUGAUGGAUUGGGGAAUUUCCUUCACUCCCAAUGAUACAUCUGACUUGACCCCCCGUCAAGCAGCUCAAAAAGUCAACCCCAAAGUUGUUCUAUCCGUUCGCCUGGGCAAAGGUCUUGCUACAGCCUCCAUUCCCGUCCUUCUCGAGGACAUCACCUUCAGCGGUAUGAUGAGGAUUAAGUUGAAGUUAAUGGCGAACUUCCCUCACGUGCAGAUCGUGGAUAUCAGCUUCCUUGAAAAACCGGUUAUUGACUACGUGCUUAAACCGGUGGGUGGCGAGUCGCUUGGAUUUGAUAUAGCCCACAUUCCUGGUCUACAGACUUUCAUCCGGGAUAUGGUUCAUGACACGCUCAGUCCCAUGAUGUACGACCCGAAUGUGUUCACUGUCAAUCUCGAACAACUUCUUUCUGGUAUACCCCUUGAUACGGCUAUUGGCGUUAUUCAAGUCACUGUCGAGGCUGCUCGCGGGCUUAAGGCCAGCAAGAUUGGCGGGGGCUCUCCUGAUCCCUAUGUCAGUAUCAGCAUCAAUAACCGCGAGGAACUCGCGAAAACCAAGUAUAAGUCGAGCACAUACAACCCAACGUGGAUGGAGACAAAGUUCAUUAUAGUCAACUCCCUUCAAGAGUCGUUGGUGCUUAGUCUCCUUGACUACAACGAGCACCUUAAGGACACUCAUCUUGGUGCCGCCACCUUCGAGCUGCAGAAGCUACUGGAGGAUGCAACUCAGGAAGGUUUAGAGCUACCCGUUUUAAAAGAUGGAAAGGAUAAAGGAAUGAUUCGUCUCAACGUCAACUACUUCCAGGUUUUGAAACCUGAAUCUGUCAAUGGAAAAGAAAAUCUGCCUCAAACAAAUGUUGGAAUUGUUCGCUUGACUAUACAUCAAGCUAAGGAACUUGAUGCUACAAAAUCACUUUCCGGCGACUUGAACCCCUUGGUCAAGGUCUUCCUUGGGAACAGUACUUCUUACACGCACAAAUCACAGAUCAUCAAGCAUACGAACAAUCCCGUUUGGGAGUCGCCGACAGAGUUCAUUUGCGCAGACAAGUCGUCUUCAGUCAUCACUAUCAAGGUGGUUGACGAGCGAGACUUCCUCAAAGAUCCUGUGGUCGGUUAUAUGUCCGUCCGGCUGGUCGAUCUUCUCCAGACGGACCCCGCUCUUCACAGGGAAUGGUGGCCUCUGAGCGGCUGCAAUAGCGGCAAGAUCAGGCUCAGUUGCGAGUGGAAGUCGCUGCAUAUGGCUGGCGCCUUAAGUAGUGCAGAUCAGUAUGUGCCUCCCAUAGGUGUUGUCAGAAUUUGGUUGCGGAAGGCGACGGAUGUCAAGAACGUGGAAGCGACUUUCGGCGGCAAAAGUGAUCCGUACGUACGAGUAUUGGUGAAUAACGUCACUCUUGGGAGGACUGAAGUUAUCAACAACAAUCUGAACCCUGAGUGGGAUCAAAUAAUAUAUAUCCCGGGCAAGAUUAGCCACAACUCCUCGAAAUAUAAUAGGCUAACUUCUGAUCAGUCGAUGUUCAUGGAAGUCAUGGAUUACCAGCAUCUGACAAAGGAUCGUUCCCUUGGAUCGGUGGAAUUGCUUGUUAGUGAUAUCGCACGCGAGUCACCUGCUGAUCCACAACAGCGUUACGAAUCAACCGGUGCCAAGGAGGUUGCUGAACCAAUCCGGACCGACAACAACUCAUACAAAGGGCAGCUACACUACAGAGCUGAAUUUGUAUCAGCUUUGAACGUGAAGCAUGUGCAUUUUGAUGCAGGCGAGAACGAGAUCCAGAAAGCCGCUCAUAAAGUCCAGCGCAAUGAUUCUAAUGGUAUUAGCACCCAUAGUUCUUCCAGUGAUGAAGAGGAGCGACAUGUGACCGUUGAUCAUCCAAUGACCGAGGCAGAGACGCAUAGCCCACCUCAUCAAACAGAUUCUAGUGAAUCAGUUCGAGCCAACGGGGAUGGGGCUACAAACACGGACGAAGAAGCUUCAUCACCGACGGAAAAUGAUUCUGCGAACGAAGGCAUCGAGCUCAGCAAGGAAGAGCUGUUCAAGCAUCAGUCGGGUAUAAUUAUAUUUAACGUGAUAGGCGGACAUUUGCAGAAGAAAGCUCGUCUUGAUGUGCUCUUGGAUGACGCGUAUUGGCCUGCUUUCAGCACCUUGAAAUCGCGAGGUACAAAUGCUCAAUGGGCGCAUGUUGGUGAAGGAUUCCUUAAAGAGCUCGACUUUGGUCGCGUCUGGUUGCGCUUGAAUGAGAGUGGGGACUUCGACAAGGAUGACAUUGUAGCAGAAUGGAAGGGCGAUGCUAAGGCUUUCUUAGAUGCCACCCUGGAUCGUCGGUCGUCCUUCUCACUCACACAUGCAGACGGCAAUUCGUCUACCGUUGAGAUUGAAACGCGCUAUGUACCCGUCCCAGUGAAGCUUUUGGCUAGAGAGAGUAUCAACAACCAAGGCAUACUCCGAGUUUACCUUUUGGCUGGAAAGGACCUUCGUUCUGCUGACAGAUCAGGCACAUCUGAUCCAUUCGCCGUCUUCACUCUUCAUGGCACGAAGGUGUUCACAUCUCAAACCAAAAAGAAAACUCUGAACCCUGAUUGGUCAGAAAUGUUCGAAGUUAAUGUGCCAUCUCGAGAAGCGGCAGACUUGUCCGUCGAAGUUUUCGAUUGGAACCAACUCGAACAAUCCAAGAGCCUUGGAUAUGGUACCAUCAAUCUGCGUGAUAUGGAACCCUUCGAGGCCACAGAACAGAUGAUUGAGCUUUCCUCGGAAAAGCAUGGUGCAAAAGGACACGUCGCAAUUCGAUUGAUCUUCCAACCGGAGAUUAUUGCCAAGAGCCGGAAGGCGACCUCGACCUUCUCUUCCGCGGGCCGCGCCAUGACCCAUAUCGGAUCAUUACCCUUCGGUGCUGGCAAGGGCGUCGUUCGUGGCAUUGGUAAUGUCUUCAAGAGAGACUUCGGAGGCAGUCAUGAAAAGUUAGAUGCUCCCCACGCCGUGCUUGAAGCCGCUGCUGGUCAGGCAUCGCGACCGAUAGGAGAGCAUACUGCAGACGAAGAUACUAAUGCCGCUACCUCCUCCGCUUUCCCCUUCUUGAGUCGCACUCCUUCACUUUCGGGUCUACCUUCAGAGCCUGGAACACUCAGAGUGACAAUGGUGAGCGCAAAAGACGUGUCUAUGACGGACACCAAACCGUACGCAAUCAUACGUGUUGGCGACAAGGAAUUCAAGACGAAGCACGGUAGUAAGACAUCAUCACCAGAAUGGAACGAGUCUUUCAAUUUUGUUGCUAGCGCGCACAUGCCCAAAUUGCAUCUCUCGAUUCAUGACCAUAAGACGCUCGGAAAAGAUAAGCUGUUAGCUCAGGGUGAGGUUGACAUCUGGCGGCAUAUACAAGUUGGCCGGUCGACAGCUGCUGAGGUUACUGUCGAGCUUCAGGGCGGCGGGCUUGCCCGCCUCCGUCUCGAAUUUGAUGCAGAGAAUAAUUCACUAGCACGGGGCACGUCAGUCGUGUCGCUUGAACCAUCGCAGCCACAGACUUCGCCAUCGAGAUUCAGCAUCAGGGGUCGCAGACCAGGGUUCAACGAGGACAAUUGA